AUGAAUGACGAAUACGACCACGACUUCGAUGAUGAGCCAACGAACGAAGACCUAUCGGAUUACGAGGACCUACGUGUUGCACUUCUCUCCCGAAAGACCAUUGUCUUACCGGCGACGGAUCCUACCGCUCGAUUCCUCAAACGCUGCCUGCACAACGACACAGGCAAAGCUUGUGUGGGAUCAAUGGAUAUCAGUCUCGACGUCCCAGACAUGACUUCAAGUGACAGACAAGUGGUCUGGGAUGAGGAACUGGCCUUCAAAGGAUUCGCUCUAGCUUUGCCAGGGCAAGACGAGCCGUUGGAUCUCAGGGGCCAAAGCGCCUUGGAGCCGCUAAGGGAUGCGACAGACUCAGUACAGAGUACAGAUGAUGGGGAACUGGGAAGCUACUCAGCUAGAACCCUGUCCGCGGCAAAAUUCAAUUGGCAAUGGUGGAGAAGUUUCGAGGCUUUCGAGACCGGACGGGUACUGGCCGAAGCGAAGGUAGGCUCCCGAUAUGCCAUCCCCCGCAAAUACAAACAACCCCUCAAAUUGGAAUGUGUUUACCUCCCUCAGGAUGAUGAGGGAUGGGAGGUGAUAGAGAAAGGGAAAGAAGAGCAUCACAAGAUCGACAACAAAAUUGCGAAAAGAGCGAGGAAGGAGGAUGCGGAGGAUGGAUCCGAAGAAGGGAGCGACAUUGAGCCAAGUCCCCUUAUUGCUACCGAUGCUACCUACGGAGAUGAUGAUGAUUUUGAGGACAACGGAAUCCGAGUUGGCAGGUACAAUCUUACCAAGAGGAUAGGUUCAGAUUAUCGCCCGAAAAUGUUGGAGGAGGCAAGUAAUCUAACGGAUAACGAUAGAAAAGUAUUCAACAGCCUACCAAGGCCACGUUGGCUUGAUGCUGCCGCUGGGCCCAAAGUCCUCGACCCUGACCCCGAUUUUAUCGCACCUUCACUCUUCUCGCAUACCUUGCAAGUCAACCAGGACAUUCAUGAGUUCCUUUGCUCCCUAGACCUCGCGGAUAGGAUUAUGGAAAACUACUGGGAAUGUGUUCAUCCUGUCGCCUGUAUAGUUCAUCGGCCAUCGUUUCAGGAAAGGUACGACGUCUUCUGGCACAAUAUAUCUAAAGGAGUAAAGGACACACCCGAGUCCACCCAAGCCCUCGUAUACGCUGCUCUCUUUGCCGGCGUCGUGAGCAUGGAUGCCGAAACAGUCAGAGAGGAGUUGGGAGGCGAGAGGGAAGAAUGGGUGGACACCCUCGAAAAGGCCACGGCUUUCUCCUUAAGUCGUGCCCAUGUCAUUCGCACGGAGAAGCCUGAGACAAUUCAAGCUUUCGUUAUGUAUUUGAUCCCUAUGUGCCGAGAUAUCAUUUCCCGCACGCUCGCAACACUUGUGGCAUCGGCUAUCGAUCUUGCACGAGGCAUGGGACUCAACAAAGACGGUACUUAUUACGGGUAUGAUGUGGUAGUGACUCAGGUCCAUCGUAUGAUCUGGCACCAGCUGUGCUUUCUGGACAUCCGAGUGUGUGAGGCGCAAAGUCCAAGGGCGAGAAUCCGAAAAGACGAUUUUAACACACAGUUUCCCCUCAAUGUUGAUGAUUCUGAGCUCGAAAAACCUGAUAUCCCCAAAGAAAGUAGUGAAAGAUGGACUGGCAUGACCCCGACUAACGCUCGCAUGGAGUGCAACGAGAGGAUCAGGGAAAUCUAUGCCGCUCGACAACGAGCUCGACAGGGAAAUGACUCGGACUCGGCUUACAUUAAGAAGAUGUUGGAGAUGAUCUACGAAUUUCGACAAUACAUGGAAAAGAAAUACUACCCCAUGAUUGACGACAGGAUUCCAAUACAGCAUUACACCCGGCUCGUUAUAGAUUUACAUUGCAGGCGGAUGCAUGCGAUGGUCCUACAUGAGUAUCACAUGAGCACAGCCCGGGGAAGGAUGCCAGAGCAAUGGAGCCGAACCGUGAUCAUGUCGGGGCUCGAGACAAUGGAGAUUGCCAAAGAAAUCGAGACCUCAUGUUUUCUACGCCGCUGGAGGUGGUACGCAGGGGCACUGCAGCAGCACAGUUAUGCUACGCUUAUGUUGAUAGAGGUUUUUGCGUUUCCUGGUGCGGACUAUGCAAUGCGCGCGUGGGAAUCGUUGGAUUGGAUUUUUCAAGUCCCUUCUUGCGUUCCGCACACUCACAAGGCUCGUUGGGUAAUGGAGGGAGCGGUUGGCGUCAUGAAAGAGUACCUCAAGGCAAGAAAGUUGCGCUGUCCAAGUCUUAUGGAUGAGCGAUUGGAAACAGCACCGAGCAGUCGUCGAAUGCCCACAUUGCCAAAGUUGAGGGAAAUCGUUGCGAGACCGACGAAGACGGCCACUACGGCCCAGUCCAGGGACAAAGGCACCUCUCGUUCUGGUCAACCCCAAGUCUAUUCCAAAGGUAUCAUCUCCCUUAGCCAUUAUGGGACGCUUGCUAACACCGAUCUACUAGAUCGUGCAUUGAAUCAAAUACUGUUGACGAGCAACAUGAGAUCAAGCCUUCAAGACAUGGCAACGACUUCCAGUGCUCAAGCAAUGUUCAUGGAUGGGGUAACUUACGAGAAUACAGAACAACUACGUACUCAUCCUGCAAAAUUGGAACGGGUUUCCAGUGAAGAGUAUUCCUACAUACCUACCUCUGCUGACAUUUCACCGGACGACCUCAUGGAUACUAGUCCAUCUUGGCAGACCCUUGUUGACUCCGACUCGGCGGUCGAUCAAUCUGGAUAUUCCGCUCAGGAGAAGAUCGCGAGGUCUUUGAGUUGUUUACGUAGCCAAACUGCUGGGGAUGGUGGAGGAGGUGUGGGUGACAUCUCACGUGCGGGGUCAUCCAACUUUGCGCCGGAUCACAGGAUGUACUAUCCUCAUUCCAGCUGGAACAGAGAUACCGUGUCCCUGCAGAACCCUCCCCACAUCCCCACUGGCAAUGACAGCUGGUAUGACCAUAACAGCUCACACGGCCACUCACGUAGCAGCUCGCACAACAACACACAGAUACUCGACGAAGGCUCGUAUGUGCACUUCUCAGACCAUCCUUCCUUCUCCAUCCUAGGGGGUUCGUCAGGCUUCACGCCAAUCAACCAAGACAAAUACAUGCCAGGUCCUGCUCAACGGUAUUACAGAUCACCCUACGCCACAGAGGUUUGA